CACACAGGUGAUGGAAAUAUUUUGCAGAUUUUGCGGACAAAGUGGUGGAAGUACCUCCUAGUGGGCUUGUCUGAUGUGGAGGCCAACUACGCAGUGGUGAAGGCAUACCAGCUAACCACUCUGACCAGUAUACAGCUGCUGGACUGUUUUGUGAUCCCCGUAUUGAUGGUGCUUUCCUGGAUAUUCCUUCGGACUCGCUAUCGGGCGAUCCACUAUGUGAGCGUCGUCGUUUGCCUCCUCGGGGUGGGGGCCAUGGUGGGGGCCGACCUGCUGGCCGGGCGGGACCAGGGAUCCACCAGUGACAUCCUGCUGGGAGAUGGGCUGGUGCUCAUUAGCGCCGCCCUGUAUGCAGUCUCCAAUGUGUGCCAAGAGCACGUGGUGAAGAACCAGGGUCGAGUGGAGUUCCUAGGCAUGAUGGGACUCUUUGGAACCCUGAUCAGCGGCAUCCAGAUGGCUAUUUUGGAGCACAAGUCUGUAGUGAUGAUCCCAUGGACCUGGUGGAUAGUCGUCCUAUUCACCAUCUACGUCUCCUGUAUGUUCCUGCUGUACAGCUGCAUGCCCGUGGCAUUGAGGUUGACCAGUGCCACAGCGGUCAACCUCUCCCUGCUCACUGCUGACCUGUUCAGCCUCUUCUGUGGCCUUUUCCUCUUUGGCUACACGUUUUCGGGCCUGUACAUCGUCUCCUUUGUGGUGAUCACCGUGGGAUUUGUCAUGUUCAAUGUCGUGCCCACGUUCGCUCCAGAAGGGCCGGCCAGACUUGACAGGACCCCGGCACCUUCCCUCAGCGCUUCCCUGGACAACUACUUCAGACAGGAAGUGGAUGUGGACAAAGAGGGAGAUGGGGGAGGGGCUACGAAUCGGCUUCAGUGGCAAUCACGAGACCAUGCUGGUGAAACUAGCACUAAGUUUUAGCUUUGCACUUUGCACUUUAAAAAAAAAAAAAAGGAGGGGCGAGGGGGGUUCCCCUACACCAGGAGUGGUGUACCUGAUCCAUGGAGAGCUGCUGUGUGUGUGGAUUUUUGGGAUGACCUCUCAAUCAGCCAAUAAUUAAGCAGUGGUUUUCAACUCCAGUCAUGCCACUGUUAUAGGCUGAUUGAGAGGCCAUCCUAAAAACCCGCACUGGCUCUCCAUGGAUCAGGUACGCCACCCCUGUCCUACACUAGCAUUAUAGUGAUUCAUGGGCAUCUUUCAUGUGCUGGAACAUGUAAUAUUCAUACAUCCCUCUCGCUGUAGAGGACACGUCGGGUGAAGGAGAAGUUAAUUAAACUCUUUACUAUCUCAGUGUCAGACAUUCACAUUUUCCAUUACAAUGUGGGUGGGUAGAUUGCUUUGAGAAUCUAAAGCACUUAGAAUUAAAUUAGUAUUAUAGUAAUCCUUACAAAGGGAUGUAUUACUACAUGGAUUUUCUAAAUGUUUUUGUUUAGUUUCAAAUGAGGUGCUAUAUGCAAUAUGGCCAACAAGCGGAAGGAUUAAAAAUGGGAAACAUUUGUUUUUUAUGGGUUUGGCUAUCAGGUCACUCACCAUAUUAUUGUUUUGUUUGUUUUUCCAAUUUGUACAAAAUCAUGUGAAUGGUGUCUUGUUAUCUCCAAUUCAAAUUUUAUAUCCAUUUUCGGACAUAUUUUGUGUGACGUCCAAACUUUUUUUGUUAAAUGGGUCAAAAGUGUCUGAGGCUGGCCUUGUGUCAUUUUCGGCUAACAAUCCUGGAAAUGUGCAUUAACUUCCACGGUGGAGACUUCGGGUGCUGUCACCACCAAAUAUGGUCAGAUCUGUAAGUCAGGUCAUGAUAUACCGGCGAUACCAAGGCAAUCUGAUGGCGUGAGCAAGGCAAGGUCAUGACCUCUGUUUGAUCAGUUCACAAUCAGGUUUGUACAAAUAAAAGAUUUUAUACUGACAAA